AUGGCUGGCCAACCCGAAUCUGCCGACAAACGUCCCAACUUCCUCGUCAUCGUCGCUGAUGACCUGGGCUUCUCAGACGUCGGCUGCUUCGGUGGCGAGAUACGCACUCCGAACAUCGACGCUCUCGCAGCUCACAACGAUGGUCUGCGCUUCACCGACUUUCACGCAGCCGCGGCAUGCUCUCCGACGCGCGCGAUGAUCAUGACCGGUACAGACCACCACAUCGCAGGCUUAGGAAAUCUCAUCGAGUGGACUAAUAUCUCCGGUCAAAAUGGUCCUAAGGGCGGUCAGUUCGAUACGGCGCCUCAGCGCGGCAUGCCCGGCUAUGAAGGCUACCUGAAUGAGCGCGUCGUUACGCUUCCCGAGGUUCUCCGCGACGCCGGAUACGAGACACUCAUGAGCGGCAAGUGGCAUCUUGGCCUCACGCCGGAGCGUUCUCCGAAGGCGCGCGGCUUCGAACGUAGCUUCGCUCAUCUUCCUGCAUGCUCCAACCACUACGCCUUUGAACCUCAGCUUCAAAACCCGGACAAGAUUCCCGAGUUCAUGACGAUGUCCUUCAUCGCACUUCACUCUGAGGACGGCGAGUACGUGAAGAAGCUACCCGAAGGCUGGUACUCGUCAAACGGCUACGGUGACAAGAUGGUCCAGUAUCUACAGGAGCGUCACGACCGUAAGGAGACGCGCCCAUUCUUCGCGUACCUUCCCUUUACGGCACCACACUGGCCGUUGCAGGCGCCCAAAGAGGUCAUUGAGCACUACAAGGGCGUGUACGACGAUGGACCGGACGUGCUUCGCGACCGCCGUCUCCAACGUCUGAAGGACCUCGGCAUGAUUCCGCAGGACGUCAAGCCCCACCCGGUAGUGGCAGAUGAAGUCAGGGAAUGGGCCGCCUUGAGCACAGAGGAGAAGGCCAAAUCUUGUCGCGCCAUGGAGGUCUUCGCCGCUAUGGUUGAAUGUAUAGACAACAACGUAGGCAAAGUCGUUGAGCACCUCAAGAGCACGGGGGAGUACGACAACACGUUCAUCUGCUUCAUGUCCGACAAUGGCGCGGAGGGCGCUGCUUAUGAGGCGUACCCUAUGGUGCAAUCAACCAUGCUUGGCCAUCUGCAGAAGUACUACGACAACUCACUCGACAACCUUGGCGCGCAUAACUCCUUUAUAUGGUAUGGCCCUCGUUGGGCACAAGCCGCCACCGCUCCCUCGCGCCUGUACAAAGCUUAUACGACCGAGGGUGGCGUACGCGUGCCAUUCGUCGCCAAGUUCCCCACGUCAUAUUCGCUCGCGUCAAACCUCUCUCGCGGAAUCACGGAUCAGUUCUCGACAGUCAUGGACCUCGCACCUAGCAUCUUGGAGAUGGCUGGUGCAACGCAUCCCGCUCCGCGCUACCAAGGCCGCGAGGUUGUCCCGCUGCGUGGCGCGUCGUUCAUGCCUUUCACAAAGGGUGCUUCUCCACGCAUUCACGCCGAGGAUCACGUCACAGGCUGGGAGACUUGUGGCCGUGCCGCGUUACGCAAAGGCACGCACAAGAUCGUCUUUCUUCCGAAGCCGAAGGGCACGGAGAAGUGGCAGCUGUAUGAUCUCGCGCGCGAUCCCGGCGAGACAAACGACUUGGCGGACGUUCCCGAGUAUGCUGACAAGCUCAAGGAGCUUUUGAAGCAUUGGGACCAAUACGUGCUUGAGACUGGUGUUGUUCCACUUGCGCCUGAGCUUGGUCGCUGGCUCCAGGCGACGGAAGAGCAGAUGCACGAGGAUGUGUGGCUCGAGUAUCGUUACUGGGAGGAGGGUGCGCGCGAUGAACCCGAGAAAUUCCGUCGUACGCCGUGGAAGUGGGCUGGCGGAGACAUUCAGGCUACAGUAUGA